GUACACACCACACUAGAGAUCUCGCGAGACUGGGACGUGGGCAGCAGAUUCGGGAGAGGUAAAGCGGCUGGAGAGCGGUGUGUGCCCGGGGCUGGAGGAGAACGUCUGUGGGUUUAAGAUUUGAAGAAGGGUCAUACCCACCUACCUGCACUGAUCAUGACUGAUAAACAGAACAACUUCCCCCCUCUACCUCGUUUCAUACCUCUGAAGCCAUGUUUCUACCAGGAUUUUGAAACGGAUAUUCCCGACCAACAUCGGACCAUGGCUAAACGUAUUUACUAUCUAUGGAUGUUGAACAGCAUCACGCUGGCGGUGAAUCUGAUUGGCUGCCUGGCGUGGCUGAUUGGAGGAGGCGGAGCCACUAAUUUCGGCCUGGCAUUUCUAUGGCUCAUCCUUUUCACUCCCUGCUCCUAUGUGUGCUGGUUCAGACCUAUUUACAAAGCGUUCAAGACGGACAGCUCCUUUAACUUUAUGGCUUUCUUCUUUACCUUCUUGGCCCAGUUGGUUAUUAGCAUAAUACAAGCCGUUGGUAUUCCUGGUUGGGGAGUCUGCGGAUGGAUUGCAGCAAUUUCCUUCUUUGGAACGAAUGUGGGGUCUGCAGUGGUGAUGCUGAUUCCUACCAUUAUGUUCACAGCUAUGGCCGUCUUGUCCUUUAUAGCACUGACUAAGGUACAUAAAUUUUACCGUGGUGCAGGAGGAAGCAUGAGUAAGGCACAGGAGGAAUGGACCUCAGGUGCUUGGAAAAACCCCCAUGUCCAGCAGGCAGCUCAGAAUGCAGCUCUUGGGGCAGCACAAGGUGCCGUGACACAGCAAGAACCUCAGUACUCGGCCACACCAAACUAUGGCUACUCCAAUCAAAUGUAAGAGUUUCUCGGGACUUCAAGAAUUACAUUCCCUGGGGUUGGAAAACUCCUCAUUUCCGCUGUUCUCUAGUAGUUAAAUUGUCUCUUCAACUCUCUUCCCAUUCCCUUUGAUAUGGUGCAUAAUUGAUAGUGGUGUGUGUAUAUGGUAUCCCAGAGAGUAUCCAUCCCUGGUUAACGGGGGACAAAUGUUUGUGAGUCCAAUUUAUAUACAUACAACUCUACAGCCUGGUGCUUGAACCGGUUGCUGGAUAUUGUUACAGUAAGUAAAAAGCAUUCAAGGGGAAAACCAGAUUGUAUAGUUAGUAUAAAUAGUUACAUAUAUAUAUGGUUAAAGAAAAUGAAUGGAUUUGCCAUUUAGGUGAUGGUUUCUGAAUCGGCCCAGCUGGCCUUGAACGGAUCAUGUGACUCUAAAGCCUGCGAGGCAAGAAAAGGGAGACACAGUAAGCAAUACAUGGAUGACGUACUUACCUCCUAUGUUUGCUACCUGUUAUCUUGCAUCCAUCUUCCAAAGGCUUGGCUUUGUAACAAAAUACCACCCCAUUGAAAGGCCAAAGCCUUUAUUUUAUCGUAUUGAUACCUCGUUCACUCCAGGUCUGCAACCAUUAUUGUUCGUAUUUUGGACAGACUAGGUCUGCACAGUUUUAUUCACUAAUGUAUGUUCAGGAACGCCAGAAUUUCUUGAAACCUGUUUUUUUUUUU